UCCACAAAACAUUAAUUGAGUUAAAGUCAACGAUGACUUGGUUUGCGCUUACUUUGGCAACUAGCUUUGUCUUUACGAUAGGGGCGUUUCGAUGUCAGUACGAAGAAGACCUUGAUGCCACAACUAACAAGACGGAACUUCUCAUAAAGCCACAGAAAAGUUUGGACGGUAAAUUCCUAUGGGUCACGAGUAUGAACAUUUUCUUUUUUGGAAACAUUGAGAGAAAGUUCAACGCCAAGCUCCAAGCUGGGUUAUACGAUGAUGAGACUGGAGCUUUGGUGUACAAAGUCAUCAUCAACUGCCAGGACGGGGGGACUUGGAAGACGGUUUACGACAAAAACGGUAACGGAAACUUUAAGAAAUGGAAGAAAGGGAAACUAGAAGAAGGGUGCCCAAAGGGAGAAUUUGACCUGGUUGCUAGGGUAGGAUGUCCUGAUCGGCCGGAUGAGCAGGAGGAAAUAGACCUUCUACCGUGCUCUAAGAUGGCUUACUUUGUCUUUAACGGACAAGUUCUUGAAGACAACCUCCAGAAACUUAACCGGUAUGGGUCAGAACACAUGGAGCCCCUCCCAGUUUUCAUCAGACCCGGGAAGCUGGUUAAGGCUCAGGUUUUGAAAGAGGGAGCUACGUUUACCCGACAAGCGUACGGAAAAUGCUUUGAUUUCCCAGCAAAGUUCCACAACAACUGCACAGCGGCACUUUAUUGGUUGCGAAGCAGAAGUGAUAGCCCCCAUGGACUGUCCGACAUGGGGCUGUGGAGCAUGGGGCACGGUGUAGAGUGUGUCGCCACCGACACGGCAGAUCCAGACCACAAGCUAUUCAAGACGCUCCAGACAAAGAUUGUUCCAGACGGCAGUGCCAUUUUCGAAGGUAGAGCGUUCGACACGUGUUGCUGUUCCUAUCUGGACGGAUAUGUGAUUACUGAAGAGGGGUCAUGUCUCAACAACUUAGAUGACGAGAAGAACUGCAACAUGAGCCCUCGACCCGGAUUUGAUGAUAUGAACGAUGAGAGGUGUAACAGAUUCAAAGCUUUUUAUGCUAUUAGGUAA